UACUACUGCCUUUUACCUGUUUUUUUCAUUUGCAGGAAACCACUCACACAAGGAAGACUUAUAUCCCAGUCUGACUCUGCUUUAGGAGCUGAGAUUUCACGAACUGAAAGCCCUUCACAGAGGUUAUAUAAGCCAGGCACAGAUGGAAGUUACAAAGUGAGCUAUGAUGGAAGCAGUACAGGAGAUCUUUCUCCCAGACAGAAGUUGAGUAGCCAUAAGAAAGUCCAUGCUGACCACCAUGUAGAGGAUGUAUUAUCUAGCCCAAGAAGAGCUCAACCAAACCAAACAGAACACCAUUCUCCGAAACGGGUCACACCAUCCAGAUUAUUAGAAUUAUCAGACAGUGAUGAUGAAGUGGCAUUUAAAACAAGAAGAUCUCCCCGUGUAAUGCAGCACAUCAAGCACAGUCCAGCGCCAAAUGUCCUGGUAGUGGACGCGUCCAGACAGACCAGACAGCCUCUGGACACAGAAGUGGACAUCCACCUGGGGUUUGAACACUCCCCUGUCAAAGUGGUCUGCCACUCCCCGGGGGCCGUACAUUCUGACCUCAGGAACACAGGGGACACUGCAGCAGCCAGGAGGGUACAGGUGGACCAGGUCCCCUCUGUGAACAUAUUGUCUGGGAACACAGAUAUCCCACAGUCAGACCAGGAAAGACCAGGACACCGGUUUAAGUCUCCUAUGGUCAUCAGAGAGGCUGCAGUGGCAGGUGGCAAGAUUGACCAUCAUUCUGCAGUGGAGACAGUGGACACAACUGACCACUUGACCAGGCCAAUGAGGGAGGACCUUCAGUACCAAACUUACCAGCAACCCAGAGUAACCAUAGGAGAUAGUGGAAUACCAGGAGUAGAGCCCCUCCCUCAGAGUGACACUGCCUCUGUGGAGGAGGUGUACCAUGAAGUAAAACCUAAGUUGAAGGGUUCAGUGGUAGGGCCGUCAGCAAAGAAGGAAAAGAAAAAACAGUCAAAAGAGAGAAUUGUACCCUCCAGAUAUAUGCAGAGUGGGACAUCAUCCAGACACAAGGGACAGUCAUUGGUUGGUAAGAGUGGUGCAAGGAGUAGUGCCACAGAAACAAAGAAGACACAUAAAAGACCAGUUGUCAGUAAGAAACGUACAGCCCCAGACUUCAGCACCACUCCAAUGGUGAGAGGGGUGUCCAAGAUGGCCUCCACCCCUGCGGUUGACACAUCCUCUUACCCUCAACCAGGACCAAUUGAUGUCUCUGCCAUUGCAACAGAUCUCCCACACCUGAGCAUGGCAGGACCUCCAAGCAAACCUCCUGCCGCAGUCUCAGUCCAAAGACCUCCCAGUAAAACUUUAUCUAGGACAAAACAUAAACAGCCAAAGAAUGUGUCAGUGAAGGAAGAGUCAACUCGGGAAAUGAGUUCACAGCAUUUAUCAUCAGCUUCUGUAGCUACCCAGGAUUCUGCCUACUCAUCACACUCUCAGUCUCACACCACAAAGAAGAAGUCUUCCCCUUCUCGAAUCACUCAGGAAUCUCUCGACCUUCAAUAUGCCAGGUAUUUACAGUGGGUGUUUCUGGAAACUAAAGCAAAAAAGGAAUUUCAGGAACAGGAGAAGCAAGUCGUGGCACAGUUGUAUGGUUUGUGGGAAGAAAAUCAAAGGCUGCUACAGAAAAAGGCAGAAGUGGAGCAGACAUAUGAACAGCUGAAGCAUGCAAAUAAACUGGAUGAAUUGCUCGAAUUGCAGAAGGCUGGUUUAGGACCAGUAGCAGCUAACCUGCCUGGCUUGAGACAGCAGUACAGUACACUGGCCCAGGCUCUGGACACCACACGGCACCAGAUACUGUGUAGAGGAGUACAUAUCCCAGAGAAUGAGGAGGACUUCCAAGAAGCUAUGUUAUCAGCACUAGCAGAGAGCGAGCAGCUUCUUGGGGAACUUAGUGUAAUGACGAGGCAACAGCAGCCUAAAGUGACCUCUUUUGCUAAUGCGAUCCAAGCUUUAGAGAAAGCAGUUGAUGAAGAGAGUAAAGAACUCAAAAGGUGUCAGGAAAUGCAGGCAGCUGUACAGACUUUAGCCACUCAAGAAAGCUCCCUGAAAAUACAGGCCGUUCAGAUCAGAGACGAGGAAUGAGAAAUGAAUGACUUAAGCCACUCUUGAAAGCUCCCUGAAAAUACAGGCCGUUCAGAU